AGUAGGCUACAUAACGGGUAUAACCAUGUUGCUUUUUAGUCUUUUCUUUUUGAGUAAACUUUAGAAACGGUGAACGAGAAGGGUCCCGCCUCUUUGGCAUCCAUAAGGAAACACCAGCCAACCAAGCACGGAGGCUUUAAAGCCUCUCCGGGCAUGACCAACAGAGAGCAUCACCCCUGCGUUUAGACACCGUUUUUUGUCGGAAGUCAGGUGGAUGGAGCAGCUGAUGGGCGGGGGCGGUCCACGGGAGCGGUGAAGCGUCUUAGUGAGUGACAGCGUGGAAAAGAAAUAUGAGAGGAGAGUCUUAAGUUAGGAAUAACUGGCCUGUGGCAUUUAAAACAAAAAAAUUGUAGCUCGGGCUUAUCUUAGAGGUAUAGAUCCGCGUUGCAGUGAUAAAAAAAAAAAAUCCGCAGCUCAUCGAAAUGCGGAACAGAAGAAAGUUAAAAAUUCCUUAAUCAACUACGUAGGGUAGUCCUCCCUGGUUUGAGUGCAAUCAUGUAGACUCGUCUUUUAGCUGAUGCGACGAGAAACACUUCGGAGAGUAGUUCGUAGUUUGUGGUGAACUCCAUCUGGCCGCAGAAGCAGGACGCAGGUUUAAUUUGCGCUCUUGGUUCCGUCCGUGCCGUAUGCAGCUCCUGCCACUCUAGCCAACCAUGGCACGACUGAGGAGGAAAGCGUGCAUAGCUCUGUUUCUUUUCACGCUGUUCAUCUUUGGGACCAUGAUGGGACUGAGGACCCUGAAGCCCAGUGACGGUUUCUCGGACUUGGCUCCGGGCUUGGAGCUCCUGCCGAUGAUCGGAGGAAAGAUGGACCGGCGCUCAGUGUCCCGUGAUGGGACCGCUUCCCCGGGUCAAGCCCGUCCGCCUGGCAGCAACGCCAAAGCCGUGUUGUCUAACACCGGCCCCGAGGGGACCAUAUUUUAUGAUGUUCAUAUUUUCUACUAUAUGUGGUACGGCAACCUACAUAUGGACGGUAAAUACAUUCACUGGGAUCACAUCCUAGUCCCGCACUGGGACCCUAAGAUCGCAUCCAGCUACCCGAGAGGGAAACACAUGCCGCCCGAGGAUAUCGGCUCCAGUUUCUACCCCGAACUCAAUUCGUACAGCUCGCGGGAUCCGGAUGUGUUGGAGUCCCACAUGGAGCAGAUCGGAGCAUCCGCAGCAGGUGUUCUGGUCCUGUCCUGGUAUCCUCCUGAAGUAGCUGAUGACAAUGGGGAACCUGCUGAGGAUUUGGUACCAGCUGUACUGGAUGCAGCAUAUAGACACAACCUCAAGGUUGCAUUCCACAUCCAACCAUACAGAGGACGAAACGAUCAGAGUGUGCAUGACAACAUCAAGUACAUCAUUGACAGGUAUGGCGACCACGGAGCGUUCUACAAGUUCACUACCAGCACAGGGAAGAGUCUUCCUCUGUUUUACAUUUAUGACUCCUACCUAACUCCACCCGAGUCCUGGUCUGAGUUUUUGACACCGACUGGCUCCCACAGCGUGCGUGGGUCAGCUUACGACUCCGUCUUUAUAGCCCUGAUUGUGGAGGAGCGUCAUAAGCACGACAUCCUGGCAGGCGGCUUCGAUGGCAUGUACACUUACUUUGCCUCCAACGGCUUCUCCUUUGGCUCUUCUCACCAGAACUGGAAAGCCAUCAAAGCUUUCUGCGAUGGGAACAACCUCCUUUUUAUCCCCAGCGUGGGGCCUGGUUACAUUGACACCAGCAUUCGGCCAUGGAACAACCACAACACACGCAACAGGGUGAACGGACGUUACUACGAGACAGCCCUGCAGGCGGCACUCAACGUGCGCCCAGAGAUUGUCACCAUAACAUCUUUUAAUGAAUGGCACGAGGGGACGCAGAUAGAAAGGGCUGUGCCUAAAAAAACUGUGACACGGGUUUACUUGGACUAUCAGCCACAUGGGCCUGAUCACUACCUGGAGCUGACCCGCCGCUGGGCCGAGCAGUUCAAUAAAGAAAAGGAGCAGUGGCUCAUGUGAGCUUUCAUCAAACUGACUUGAAACGGCACGCUGUAGUGGAAGUGUGUGCACACAUGAAAGAGGAGGCAAGAGAGCGAUUGAUUGAUAUAGUUUUGAGUGCAGAAGGACAUGCUGUUACCUUUUUUAAACAUGCUGGAUGCGAGAGGUCCUAUAGAUGUGUGUGCAAAUUCAAAGAUAGGAUACAAAGCGUAUCAAAAACCCAGACUUGUAAAAUGCUCUGUGGGUCUGUCUCU